AGAGUAUGUCCAUUAUAAUACAAUCUCAUCUCCCCUCCCUUUUGUCUCUCCCAAUGCUUCAACUCAUCCAUCUCCCACCACCACCACUACUUCUCAUCACCAUCUUUUAGACACUUCUCCUUCUUCAUCUUCCUCAAUCAUUUUCCCCUCAUGGGCUCCAAAAUCCGAAGGAAGCAGCAGAUGUGGUACGUGCCGCAGCCAUUGACGCCGCUCAUGGAAUGGCCCGACCCGGAACUCCAAGAAGAAGGGAGCAAAAAGGAGAGCUCUUGGGAGGUCAUACGUGAAUGGUUUAGAGCAACAAAAAGUUCUCCCGGUGCCAACUUUUCCGGUUCCUUGGACGGAAAUAUUCCGGCCAGGAGGCAAGAUUUGCGGCUCUUGCUUGGUGUCCUAGGUUGUCCCCUCGCUCCAAUUCCCCUGGUCAUCAAUGAACCUAUUGAUCAUCCCCUCCACAUGAUAGAGAAAGACAUUCCUAUGGACACUUCGAUUGCGCAUUAUAUUAUACAGCAAUAUUUGGCGGCGACGGGAUGUCUAAAACGGGAGUGUGCGAAGACCAUGUAUGCGACAGGGAUGGUGAAGAUGAUAUGUUGUGAAACGGAGGUUUCAACUGGGAAAAAUGUGAAGACGUUGGGAACAAGGAGUGGGGAGAAUGGUUGCUUUGUUCUUUGGCAAAUGUUGCCCGGAAAGUGGUCUCUGGAUCUGGUUGUGGGGAACAAUCAGGUGAUUGCUGGUAGUGAUGGCAAGAUUGUUUGGCGGCACACCUCUUGGCUUGGCACUCACGCCGCCAAAGGGCCCCAACGCCCGCUCCGCCGUAUCAUUCAGGGCCUAGAUCCAAAAACCACAGCCAGCUUAUUUGCGAAUGCCCAAUGCUUGGGGGAGAAACGAAUCGGGCACGACGAGUGCUUUGUGCUAAAAGUAUCCGCCGAUCGGGCGGCGGUGAUGGAAAGGAACGAGGGCCCCGCCGAGGUGAUCCGCCACGUAUUGUACGGCUACUUUUGCCAAAAGAGUGGCCUCCUUGUGUAUCUAGAGGACUCCCAUCUCACAAGGGUACUCACCCCUGAAAACGAGUCGGUGUAUUGGGAGACCAGCAUCGGAAGCAGCAUCGGCGACUACAAAGACGUCGACGGCGUGCUCAUCGCUCAUCAGGGAAGGUCGGUCGCCACCGUUUUCCGGUUUGGGGAGUCGUCCCAGCAACAUAGUCGGACAAGAAUGGAGGAAGUCUGGAAGAUUGAUGAUGUCGUCUAUAAUGUUCCCGGACUCUCUCUCGACUACUUCAUCCCUCCGGCUGAUAUCGCCGAUAACGUACACUCCGGCCCCUUGAUUGACUAACCUUAGGAGUGUAUUUUCCUUUUAUGUUUUUUCUUUUUCUUUUUUUGCUAAUUACAAUAUAAUAUUGGUGGGUUUAUGGUGUAA